AUGCAUAAAUUGGCUUUUUUUCUCUCCUUCCUUUUUUCUCUUUCUUUCUUUACUUUUCUUUUUUUACUUUGUUUGUCAUCGACUUAUGCUUUCAGAAAAUACAUAGACAUCAUAGAAGGAUGUCUUUUUGAGAAGCUGUUUAGGCAGACAACCCUGAAGUGCAGGUGGGGCGAGUCCGUUGAUGACUCUUCGGAAGCCAUGGAUAGCCUUGGCUUCAAGGUUGACCUGAGGGUCGUCAAGGACAUCCUUUCAAGAAGGAACAAGGAGGCGGGCAUGGCUAACGUAGAAAUGGCAAAGAUGGGUGCGUCUAUUGUCAAAACUUGUUCUGACAAGAGCAAGUUGCUUAUUGAGUCAAAGUUGUCGGCAAACAUUACCUCUAACUGUGACAAACUAAUAGGCAACAAGGCUGUCCUUUUCUCGUUGAGGCUGGUUGCUUCUGGCCUCUAUGUUACUUAUCAAAUUGACCAAAAUAUCAGUUACGCAUUAUUUUAG